ACUGGCUGGUGGGGUGCUCCGCCCCAUCCCUCCGUCCCUCCCCUCGGCGGGGCCGGCGCCGGUUUACGUAACGCCUCUCCGGGCAAAUUCCGGCUCGGUCCCGCCGCCUGACUCGGGACGGGUCGCCAGAGGCCCCGGCAGAAACAGUUUAAAGGAGAACUUGGAAGGUGAAUGUUGACAAGCCUCUUGCCCUGUAACCAGGGCUUGGAUCAAUCUCACAUGUGCCAUUUUUAGUGCUUUUGGACCUUUCUUUUACUGGUUGGUGUGCACUUGUCCAAGUCCUGCUGGGGAUUUGCAUCUGGCUUCAAUGUGAAAUUAAGGUAGAAAAAUGCACAUAAACAUGUGUUUCCUGUUAAGAUUUAGUGUACUCAGUGGUUAUGCCUGAAGAGUGGGUCUUGUCUUUAGACUGAUAACUGCCAGGAAAUAUAAAUGAUUGUCCUAGAAGUCAAGCUUCUCUCCUUACUGGAGUGAAAAAAAACCCCACCUCCAGGUUCCCACGGAAUAUCAUCUGCAGAAAAUGCAUCACGUUCUAAGGAUGACCGCCACCUAGAUUCAUGCACCCAAUCUGUAUUGUUGCGAAUGGUUUGCCAUCUGAAAGCUCCUCAAGCUCCUGUCUGGGCCCUGUACCUGUUUCUGAAAUGUCUCUGCUUCAUGCUUUGGGCCCUGUGCAGACCUGGCUGGGACAAGAGCUAGAAAAAUGUGGCAUUGAUGCCAUGAUUUAUACUCGCUAUGUCCUCAGUCUUCUGCUGCAUGAUAGUUAUGACUACGAUCUGCAGGAACAGGAGAAUGACAUCUUCCUGGGCUGGGAAAAAGGAGCUUACAAGAAAUGGGGGAAAAGUAAGAAAAAAUGUUCUGAUCUAACACUAGAAGAAAUGAAAAAACAGGCUGCUGUUCAGUGUCUUCGCUCUGCUUCUGAUGAAAGCUCUGGGAUUGAGACUUUAGUGGAAGAGCUCUGCUGUAGACUGAAAGAUCUCCAGAGUGAGCAAGAAGAGAAGAUUCACAGAAAGCUUGAGGGCUCUUUGCCUCCUGAAGUUGAUUUAUCUCCUGCAGCAAAGGAUCAAGUGGAAAUGUACUAUGAAGCAUUUCCACCUCUUUCGAAGAAACCAGUUUGCCUGCAAGAAAUUAUGACUGUAUGGAAUAAAUCCAAAGUUUGUUCUUACUCCAGCUCCUCCUCUUCUUCUACUGUCCCGCCAACUAGCACCGAUACAUCUUCUCCAAAGGACUGCAUUAGUGAAAGUGAAGUAUCUAAAGAGAGAAAUAGCAACAAAGUACCUGUCACUGUACAUGAAAGAGCUACACAGAAAAAAGAUAAAGAUGAAAAAGAGAAUAAGUUUGAGAAUAGCAGUAUUGAAGAGAGAACUGCUUUAUACAAAAAGCAAGCCCGCCACAAACCUGAGGGAAAGAUGCGUCCUCGAUCCUGGUCUUCUGGCUCCAGUGAAGGAGGUUCAAAUUCUAGUGGUAAUCAAGGUGAUUCGAAAGCAACCACAAAAUGUGUAAAAGUAAGGCAUAAAACAAGGGAAGUCCGGAGUAAAAAAGGACGGAAUGGGCAAAGCAGGCAUUUAGUAAAGACUGGUGAGAAGGCUGAAAGAAGAAUUCACGGCAGUAGCAGCAGCAAUGGAUCCAUCAAGCAACUGUGUAAAAGGGGUAAACGGCCAUUAAAAGAAAUCCGAAGGAAAGAACCUGGGAGCUAUGAGGGCAAAGAGCUAUACUUUGAUUGCAGAAAUGAAAAGGAAUAUAAAGAGGAGCCCCUGUGGUAUACUGAGCCAAUUACAGAAUACUUUGUUCCCCUGAGUAGGAAAAGUAAACUUGAGACGACGUACCGCAACAGGCAAGAUGCAUGUGAUGCAACAUCAGAGGCUGUAGAAGAAUUAGCUGAAUCAGUGCAAGGUCUUUGCAUUAGCAACAAUAAUAUUAAUAAAACAUACCUCGCAGCAGGUACUUUCAUCGAUGGCCAUUUUGUGGAAAUGCCUGCAGUUCUAAAUGAGGACAUUGGCCUCACUAGGACCUCAAUGUGUUCUCAACCAGAGGACGAUACACACUCAGAUGGUGUUCAUCUUUCAGAACUAACACACUUCUAUGAAGUGGAUAUUGACCAAUCCAUGUUGGAUUCUGGUGCCUCAGGCAAGAUGCAAGGGGAGAGUCGGAUUUUGAAUAUGAUUCGGCAGAAAAGUAAAGAGGGGACUAAUUUUGAGGCAGAAUGUUGCAUAGUGUUUGAUGGAGUGGAGUUGCAAGGGGAAAGUGCAAUAUGGGCAGAUUCAGCCACCUCUGUUGGUGCUGAAGGGUGGUUCUUGCAAGAUCUUAGUAAUUUAGCUCAAUUUUGGGAGUGCUGUUCAUCUUCUAGCUCUGGUGAUGCAGAUGGGGAAAGCUUUGGGGGAGAUUCUCCUAUUAGACUUUCCCCUACCUUAGACAGCACAAUGCUUAAUUCACACUUGCUUUCAGGCAAUCAAGAGCUGUUUUCGGAUACUAAUGAAGGGUCUGGUUUAAAUUCUUUUUCAGUGUUUGAAGUGCAAUGCAGUAAUUCUGUCUUACCAUUUCCUUUUGAAAAACUCAGUUUGGGAAAUGAAAAUACAGACUCUAGUAGCAAUGUUGAUAUCUUUGGGAAAACACAGUCUAGAUUGUUAAUAUGGACCAAAAAUAGUGCCUUUGAUGAAAAUGAACACUGUUCUAACUUAUCAACAAGAACUUGUAGUCCAUGGUCAUACUCUGAAGAAACACGUUCUGACAAUGAGACUUUAAAUAUUCCAUUUGAAGAAUCCCCUCAAUUUAACCCGGAUGAUAUUAAUUACGUCGUUCCGAGAGUUUCUUCAAGUUAUGUAGAUGAAGAAAUUGUAGAUUUUUUGCAAGAGGAGACUUGCCAGGAAGAGACUAGAUCUUUAGGAGAAAUGCCCACCUUAAUUUUUACAAAAAAAUCUAAACUAGAAUCAAUCUGUGGUAUUCAGUUAGAACAAAAGGCUGAAGAUAAAGAAUAUGAAACUACACAAGUGUGUAGUGACAGCAGUCCACAUGAAGAUGACUAUGGCUCAGGGGUUAUUAAAGACAUUUGGACAAAUAUGACAGACAGAAAUUCUGCAGCAAUUGUCGAAAUAGAUGGAAUAGAAGAAGAGUUAUUUUCAGCUGAUGUAAAUCAUUAUUGCUGCUGCUUAAAUGAAACAAAGGUAGAAAUUCUUCAGGAUCCUAAUAAAGCAGUGCAAAGAUCGGAAUAUCAUCUUUGGGAAGGUCAGAAGGAGAAUGUGGAGAAAAGAGCAUUUGCUUCCAACAGUUUAUCAAAGGUGGAUUGUGGCGAUUAUACUACACCCUCCAAACCAUGGGAUAUUAACCAAGAUAAGGAGAGUUCAUUUAUUCUUGGUGGUGUGUAUGGGGAGCUAAAAACAUUUAACAGUGAUGGUGAAUGGGCAGUGGUGCCACCCAGUCACCCAAAAGGAAACCUAUUACAGUGUGCAGCUUCUGAUGUAGUUACAAUAGCUGGUACAGAUGUCUUCAUGACACCAGGAAAUAGCUUUGCCCCGGGUCACAGACAAUUAUGGAGACCUUUGGUAUCGUUUGAACAAAGUGAGCCGUUGAAAUGUGGUGAUCAUGGAUUAAAUAGAGGUUUUUCAUUUAUCUUCCAUGAAGACUUGUUAGAAGCUUGUGGUAGUUUUCAAGGUGAAGAGUCUGGUCUGGAAUAUUCGUUCUCUUCCUUUGACUUGAAUAAUCCAUUUUCACAAGUUCUUCAUGUAGAAUGUACAUUUGAACCAGAAGGAAUUGCAUCCUUCAGCCCUUGCUUUAAACCCAAAUCUAUCCUUUGCUCUGAAUCUGAUAGGGAAGUUUUUCGUCCUAGAAUAUGUGGCGCCGGGAGGACACAAUACAGAGCGAUACGGAUUUCUCCAAGAACUCACUUUCGCCCAAUUUCUGCAUCUGAACUUUCUCCAUGUGGUGGAAGCGAGUCCGAUUUUGAAUCUGAGAAAGAUGAGGGGACUAUUCCUGCAGAAGCGUUUGAUGAUUCCCAAGCAGAUCUCAAACCACUGGAAGAAGAUGCAGAAAAAGAAGGGCAUUAUUAUGGUAAAUCAGAACUUGAGUCUGGGAAGUUCCUUCCUAGGUUAAAAAAGUGUGGAAUGGAAAAGAGUGCACAGACAUCUCUGGAUUCCCAGGAAGAAUCAUCUGGAAUAUUGCUGUUAGAAAAUGAGAAUUCUUGCUUAGAAUGCAGUAUGAAAAAACUGCCAGACAUGAGGGCUGUAGAAAACUCUAAAGCUAGUUGCAGUGUUGUGGAACCACAGGAAGAGGAAGACAAGUCUUGCAGUUGUAAAGAGAACUCAUACGAAGAGAACCCAGUUUCUUCAGCAGAGCUGAAAGAGUUUCCUGUCUCGAAUAAUGAUCUUCAGAAAAUAAGCUACAAUCAAGCAAAGCAGUGCUGGUGGGAGAAAGCUCUCUAUACACCACUCUUUCCUGCAUCCGAGUAUGAAGAAUGCUGUACAAAUGUCAAGAGCGAGAAUGGUGUUGGAGAAUUCACAGAUAUCAAAGAGAUAUCACACACGGAAGAACAUCUUCUAGAUAUUAAUAUGGUUUCUUCUGUUCAUGAAGCAAGGUGUACAGAUCCUAGAAGUUCUGAAACAAAAUCAAAUGGCUUUAGGAAGAAGCUAUACUCCAGUGACAGCUCCAGCUCUGACGGCACAGCAUCAGAAAGUGGAAAUGGAUGGGUAGAUCCUUGUGAAGAGGAGCUUUUCUCUCGAACUCACUUAUAAAACUGCAGAGUAAAGCAGAUUGUUUGAGUAGCACGAGAUGGAAAACUCUUCCGAAGGGUCUAUAACUCAAAAAUGAAUUGAGUUUCCCCUUCAGUUAAUGGAUUCAGAAGUGUAUUUAUCUUUCUCUUCUUGAUAUUUUAUUUUCAAUAGAUGGGAUCAUGAUCCCAUUGGCUUCCCCUCCCCCCCCCCCAUGUUAGCUCCUUGACUAUUCGGACCUAGAUUAGAUUGUGUUGUCAAAUCAAGAAUGGAUGUGCAUGUGAUUGUCUUGGUAGUACCACUGCUCUCUUGCAUCCUAGCUACAGUUAUUUUUAUUUCUAACUGUAGCCCUAUCAGUAUUACUAUCUUACUAGCAUUGCAGUGUCUACAACUAUUCAGAGAUUUUAUCUUUUGACACAUUAGGCUUUGUUUAAGAUUUGGGAGAUAAAUACUUAACACUGUAAUCUAUCAGUGCCUUUCUGAAUGUGGGAGGAAAACAUGUAUGGCUUGACCAGUCUUUAAGAUCUCAUAACUUUGGAAUAGGAAUACUAGGGCUGUGCUUUAGAGACUUUCAGAAACUGUGUUCUCUAUCAUAUGAUCUCUCUUCUUGACUUGCAUAUAAACUAACACAGUUCAAAUGAUUGUUACCUUCUUGCUAACUGAAGAAGCCAAGGAUUUUUGCAAGUGUGGAAAAAAUUUGAUUUUUCUCUCCCCUCCCUCCCUUGCUUGUUCAUCUUUAUCUUUCAGGUCUGUGUUAUAGAUAACUAAUUACAAACAAAUGACACUAACGGCAUGACCCUGGGUAUACUUACAUUCAAGUAAGCUUUAUUGAUGUCACUGGUACUUACUUGUAAGUAUGCUUAGGACUGUACCAUUAAACCCCCUGAGGGGAAAAAAUGGGCAGCGAAUUUUUUGUUACGGGCUACAAAGAUUUAGCCUGAAUGACUGAAGCAAUCUAAGAGUCACUGUUCAGUUUUUGUAUGCAGAGGGUCAGUGUGUCACUCAGAAUUGAAUCCAGUGGCUCCUGCAGUUAGCUACCAUUGUGGCUCUAAUUUAGUAAAACUUGUAGCUAACUUUGUGUCCUGAGAGAAUGUUAGGAGUUGUGUGUUGUGGGUGGGAGUGGGGGAACAUGACUUACAUGUGUGAUUGCAGUAGUGACUGUUGCUUUAUGUGACCUGCUCUUAAAAUUUAUUUUAACAUAGUCGAUGCAUCUGUCAAGUUGUAACUGUGCAAGACUAUCAACUCCCUGUGCUACUAAUGUAUUAUGCAAAUCAUGAGCCAGGAGGAGCAAUAUUGGUUUUUACCAUUUCAUAGUUUAAAAAAAGAUCUAUACAAUAGCAGCAUGUUUAAGACAUCAGAAAGUGCAGAAAGUUUACUAUUGACUUGAAAAUGCGAAGCCAUUAAUUUUGAUAGGCAAGAAACUCCUAACAAUUAUAGUUGUUUGAAAUGGUAAGCUGAACUGGCUGUGAAACUUAUAUUCUGUGCUAGUGAGCUCAACUGAAUUUGAGUUUAGUUGCCUUUUCUUGAUUGAUAGAACAUGACUUAAGAUCUAGGGUAUCAACACCUUGUAAGGUUGCAUGUAUCCUUUCUGUUGAAACUUUUACUCCAUUGGCUUGGUUUGUACUUUACAGGGAAAUGUUAUUAAUAACUGCUUUUAAGCUACAUUAAUUUAGCAUUCAUACAACAAAUCUUUACAGUGUUGUGUUUUUUCCUUUGAGAUUCUGGAUAAGUUUUUAUAUAUUUACUUUCUUCUGGAGCUUCCUUAAUGUUGUAUAGCACAUGCACUGAGAAUGUCUGUCAACAUGAAAGCAAAAAAGAACGAAACUGAUAAAUCCUAAUGAUUAACUAGAGAGUCAUUGUUAGAGUAAGGAAUGACCACAUGGGAAUAUCUGCUGGGGAAGAACCCACACCUUUUAAACUCGGCUUACCUAGAAUAGAGAUCUCAGUGAAAGGAUGGCUAGUUAAUUAUGAUUUAAUAUUUUAACACCUUUGAAAAUGUACACGUUACAUGUGUGGGCAAUAACAAAUAAUAUUUAUUUGUUUUCAUAAUUGAAUGGAUAAAAUUCUGAAGCUUUCCAGUGAGAAGGUUGAUGUGUGAGUUUGUGUUCUUCUGCAAGAAUAAUUUAAAAGUGGAAAUGCUGAAAUGCACUGUGGUAUGAAGCGCAUUGCAUAUCCAUAGCACUGAAGUAUCAGUUUUUCAUUCCUGGGCUGAAUUUGUUUCUACUUUUUUGCUUCAAGUGGUUGUAUUGUUCUGAUUUCACAUACACCAGAGUAACUGAAUUUGUUUUUUGUGGAGUUCUUAACACCAAAUAAAAGAUAAAAGGGCA